GAGGUGUUCAACACGAAAUUGAAUACCUGGCGGCCAGUGCAGUACGUUGGCAUCUUAUCGCGCUCUUCGAAAUUCGGUGAGGUGCGCUCGCUUGUCGUACGGUUUUGAAUUACGAUCUUGUUCUGAUAAGAAGUGAUAGGUCUAUAAAUCAGUUUCACAUAAAAUUAUCACUGGUAGAGACAAUAUCGGCAUUCAUUCAAGAGGUGUAAUUGAAAUAACUGGCGGCGUUUCGUGCGUGUAGUAAUCAGUGGAGAUUUACGCGAGUGGAAGAGGAAUUGCAACGUGUCAAUGCAGCUUUAGAAUAUUUUGUGAUAGUUUAAUUUUUGGAUUGAAAAAGUAUUAUCUUAUUAUUAGCAAAAAGUAUACGUAAUACAUCUUCAAAAUGAAUAACGGCGGCGGCGGCGAUGGAGAAUUGGACACGUUUAUACCACGUGAUGGAGUUAAUGGAACCAAAAAGUAUCAAAUCCAGCCUAGGAAAGAUCUCGAACAUGGCGACUCAGAUUUUAACCCAUUCACAGAAAGGAAGCUGGACCACCCCACAACGAAUAUGGAAACUCUUACACAUCUGCUGAAAGCCUCCCUGGGAACUGGUAUUCUAGCCAUGCCUAUAGCCUUCAUGUAUUCAGGGUUAGCCAUUGGUAUUAUAUCAACCAUAGUUACUGCCUUCAUAUGCACACACUGCAGUUAUGUGCUGGUGAAAUGUGCUCACACAUUGUAUUACCGAACGAGGCGGACAAAGAUGAGUUUUGCCGAAGUGGCUGAAGUUGCAUUUUUAAAUGGUCCCAAGUGGGGAAGAAAAUUCGCAGCGCUUGCGAAACAUUCUAUCCAAUGGGGUUUAUUCAUCACAUACUUCGGUACCUGCUCCGUGUAUACUGUAAUUAUUGCUACAAAUUUCCAGCAGGUAUUUGAGCAUUACAGUGGAUACGAAAUUGAACUGCGACUGCUGAUUGCCUCGCUACUGAUUCCGCUUAUCCUGUUGUCUUGGGUCCCUAACCUCAAGUAUUUAGCUCCUGUUUCUAUGAUUGCCAACGUGUUCAUGGGUGUGGGAUUGGGAAUUACAUUCUACUAUUUGGUCAUCGACUUACCAGCGAUCGAGACUAGGCCUUUGGUUGGAUCAAUUUGGACGCAGGCGUCAUUCUUCGCUAUAACGAUUUUCGCUAUGGAAGCAAUUGGAGUUGUUAUGCCACUGGAGAACCAAAUGAAGACACCACAAAGUUUUGUGGGAAUCUGUGGAGUACUGAAUCAAGGCAUGUCUGGAGUGACACUUAUCUACAUGCUCCUAGGAUUUUUGGGUUAUUUAAGAUAUGGUGCUGAGACCCAAGGCAGUAUUACAUUGAAUUUACCGAUUGAGGAGAUUCCUGCUCAGGUUGUGAAAAUCCUUAUUGGUUUGGCUGUGUAUUGUACGUUCGGGCUGCAAUUCUACGUAUGCUUAGAGAUUGGAUGGGAUUCAAUCAAAGACAGAUUUGUGAAAAGGCCCGUUCUGGUCAACUACGUUAUGAGAACCGUCCUUGUUACCGCCGCUACACUAUUGGCUGUAGCUGUACCAACAAUUUCGCCGUUCAUUGGUCUCAUAGGCGCAUUUUGCUUCUCAAUACUUGGCCUUCUCAUUCCCGUCCUUAUUGAAACUGUCACCUACUGGGACCGCGGCUUUGGAAAAAUGAACUGGGUCAUUUGGAAGAACGUUGUCAUCACCUUCUUCGGCAUUAUAGCCUUAGUGUUCGGCUCAAAAUCAGCAAUUGAGGAAAUCAUCGCACUUUAUUUACCGUCAACGGAGCCUCUCUUAACAGGAAAUCAAACCGUCCUUGCGACUCCAUAGAUUUUAAUUUAACAUGUCUCAUUUCGUGGUUUUUAUUUUAAUAGAUUUCAAAAUUCCAUUCUAUUUAAUUCUAUCGUUUGGUUUUUUGAAUAUUUUGAGGUACGAUUUACGUAAAUCACUCAAGUGCGGGACACAAGCGAAAAUAUAACUUUUCAGGAAAAAGUUAUUCAAAUUCUACAAAAACUUAUAGUUAACAUAUUUCUGCUUAGGCAUUUAAUGUACGCAAACUUUUUUGAUAAAAAAGUGUUCCUAAACGGUAACUCGAUUGUUGGUCAAGUUAUCUUUUUUACCUAAAAUGUAGAGUUUUUUCAAGAAUUGUGUACAUUCACUUACUGAGUAGCUGAAUGGGUCAUAGAAAAUUCUCCGGGAAUUUUCGCCACUUCAUACGCUACUUCUUAAUUUCAACAUAAAACUUGUAAUGAUAUUAAUAAUCAUAGGAAAACGAUGAUAUCCGAUAAUUUAUCUAGAACAUACCCGAGGAAAUCUCUGCCUAUUUAAUUCUUUUUAUAUACCAUUAAUAGAUUAAUAGAAAGGUGUAUCGCGGAAAAGCAACAGAACUUCUUUGUAAACCAAUGAUAAGUGCCUAACGAAACUUAUUAUUUCUAAGGGUAACAACUGAAUAUUUAAACAUUAAAAGUAGGCAAUAUUAGUUAAAAAGACAUUUACCUUGCUUUGUUUUAUCUUUCGGCAUGUGAAGAAGAUUUUUUAUAUGAAGUAGUAAUUUUUGUAGCUAGUUCUUUAGUAUAAUUACGAAAAAUAUAUUUUUAUUCAAAAGAA